GGUAGACCAGGUCCCCCGGGUGUCCCUGGGAUGCCAGGACCAGUAGGAUGGCCUGGACCUGUGGGACCGAAGGGUGAAAAGGGAGAGUUGGGUGUGAUGGGAUUGCCAGGUACAAGAGGACCAAUGGGCUCCAAGGGUUUUCCUGGAACUAGAGGAGAAAAGGGAUCCAGAGGUGACAGAGGUGACAAAGGAGUCAAAGGAGACCAGGGAGAAAUAGGCUUCCCUGGAAUGCUGGGACAAAAGGGAGAGAUGGGCCCGAAGGGACAAUCUGGAGUACCAGGACACAGAGGACCUAUAGGAAGACCUGGAAAACGAGGCAAACAAGGAGAUGUUGGACCUGCGGGUAUCAUGGGUCCACCUGGAAGGCCUGGUCCUUCUGGCCAGCCAGGCCCCCCUGGGCCUUCAGGAUCAGGGCAAUUCUCAAUAGGACCAAAAGGGGAAAGAGGACUUCCAGGGCCUCCGGGAAGAUGUCUCUGCAGAUCCCCACAACAUGUGAAUAACGCACCGUAUGAGGAAUCUGUGUUUGGAUACAGUUAUCCAAAAGUCCCUGCGAUUUUUGUGGUGAAUAAUCAAGAAGAAUUGGACCGGUUAAACACCGAAAAUGCCUUAGCUUUUAGAAGAGAUCAGAGAUCUUUGUAUUUCAAGGAUACCUCUGGAUGGCUCCCAAUCCAGCUCACCCCUUUCUAUCCCGUGGAUUACCACUUUGAGGCUGGCGGUACCUGUGGAGAUGGGAUCAUACAGGAUGGGGAAGAGUGCGACGAUGGCAAUGCCGUUGUGACUGAUGACUGUAUAAGAUGCCGCCGUGCUUACUGUGGAGAUGGCUACAGACACGAGGGGGUUGAAGACUGCGAUGGGAAGGAUUUUGGAUAUUUGACAUGUAGAACAUAUCUCCCUGGGUCUUACGGAAAAUUGCGAUGCACUUCAUACUGCUACAUUGACUCUACAGAGUGUCGAUACUUCACAUGA